AAAUCUGCCACAGGUUGAUCAAAGUAACUCGCUGUGGUGCUGAAAGAGAGUGUUGCUUGUAUCUUUAGGUGAAAACCCUUCGCGCCUGACAUCCCAUUGCCAUUUACAGAGAUAACACGUUCAAUUUUUUUUUUAAAAAAAAACCUGGAACGGCCUCUGAGGGGAAAAACAGCGUGCAAUGUUUCAGAAUCGUCUUGGAAACUACAGCUAGAUUGUUUCAGUUCCCAUCUGGACAUGCAGCACCACAACUAUAGCCGACAUAGAGGCACAUGAUACCAUAGAGAGUAUAUGGCAGAACGGUUCUCCCGUCUGUGCAACGCUGCACAGGAAACUAGGGCUCCUUUCGUUAUUUUCUUAUCGCUACGGUGGCUGAUGAUGCAUUUUCUCUAACGAGUUCUCUAGUGGGCGCAGCGCAAUGCAUUGUGGGAGCAGAGAGGCUUGUGGUUCUCUUUUCAGCUUCCCCGCUUCAUGCUGAUCUCUUGUGAGGAGGAACCAGAAGAAGGAGAAGAUGCUGACCUCGCGCACUUUCCUCAAACGAACGCGGGCCGGAGCUGUGAUGAAGGUAGUGCGCGAGCAUUACCUGCGCGACGACAUCUCCUGUGGAGUGGCCGCCUGCACGCUUUGUGGCGGCGGCGUGGAGGACGGUGGAGGUAGCCACUCGCUCCUGGAAGCUCAGCCCAGUGAGGCCUUCAGCACUCUCUGUCCCGACCCUCACUACCUGUUGCUAGACACCAAUUUGCUGCUGCACCAGAUUGAUAUACUUGAGGAUCCAGUUAUUAGAAAUGUGAUUGUUCUUCAGACGGUCUUGCAGGAAGUAAGGAAACGAAGUGCUCCAGUAUACAAGCGAAUAAGAGAUGUGAUUGCUAAUCCUGAAAAGCAUUUCUAUUCUUUCACUAAUGAGCAUCAUAAAGAAACAUAUAUAGAACAAGAACAAGGAGAAAAUGCUAAUGACCGCAAUGACAGAGCCAUCAGAAUAGCAGCAAAAUGGUACAAUGAACACCUGAUGAAGUUACAAAAUGAAGAUAAGUUAAGAGUUAUCUUGCUCACAAAUGACAGAAAAAAUAAAGAGAAAGCUGUGGAAGAGGGAAUAACAGCUUAUACAUGUGAAGAGUACGUAAAGAGCUUGAUAGCCAAUCCUGAACUUGUGGAUAGACUUGCUUGCUUAAAUGAUGAAGCGAAUGAAAUAGAAAGUGGAAGGAUAAUUUUCUCAGAGCAUCUUGCCCUCAGCAAAUUGCAGCAGGGCAUAAAGUCUGGCAUUUACCUUCAAGGAACCUUCAGAGCUAACAGAGAUAAUUACCUUGAAGCUACAGUUUGGGUCCACGGAGAUGGAGAUGAGAGAGAGGUAAUAAUACAGGGACUUAGAAACUUAAACCGUGCAGUGCAUGAAGAUAUUGUAGCUGUGGAACUUCUGUCGAAAGAUGCCUGGGCAGCACCAUCCUCUGUGGUCUUGCUUGAUGAUGAGGGUCAGGGUGAAGAGGAUGAUGUGGAAAAAGAAGAACAGAAAGAAAAAACUCUGAAGACUUUUGGGAACAAGAAUAUGCUGCGCCCAACUGGCAGAGUUGUGGGUAUUAUAAAAAGAAACUGGAGGCCUUUCUGUGGCAUGCUUUCUAAAUCACAAAUAAAAGAGGCACGGCGGCAUUUAUUUACACCAGCUGAUCGCAGAAUUCCUCGAAUUCGAAUAGAAACAAGACAGGCUUCAGUACUUGAAGGACAAAGAAUUAUUGUUGCUAUUGAUGGUUGGCCUAGAACUUCAAGAUAUCCUAAUGGUCAUUUUGUAAAGAAUUUAGGAGCAGCUGGAGACAAGGAGACUGAGACUGAAGUCCUGUUGCUUGAACAUGAUGUCCCUCACCAGCCUUUCUCCCAGGCUGUUCUUAGCUUCCUGCCCAAGAUGCCCUGGAGCAUUUCUGACCAGGAUAUGAAGUUUAGAGAGGACUUGAGGCAUUUGUGUGUAUGCAGUGUGGAUCCCCCUGGCUGUACUGAUAUUGAUGAUGCAUUGCACUGUAGAGAUCUGGAAAAUGGAAAUCUAGAGGUUGGUGUACACAUAGCAGAUGUCAGCCAUUUUAUUCGGCCAGGAAAUGCUCUGGACCAAGAAUCGGCCCAAAGGGGCACAACUGUGUAUCUGUGUGAAAAGAGGAUUGAUAUGGUUCCAGAGCUCCUUAGUUCUAACUUGUGUUCAUUGAGAUCCAAUGUUGACAGGCUUGCAUUUUCCUGUAUAUGGGAAAUGAAUUGCAAUGCUGAAAUCUUGAGGACUAGAUUUACAAAAAGUGUCAUUAAUUCCAAGGCUUCUCUUACAUAUGCGGAGGCACAAAUGAAAAUAGAUUCUGCCAGCAUGAAUGAUGACAUUACUACUAGUCUGCGUGGACUAAAUAAGCUAGCCAAAAUUCUUAAGAAGCGUCGGAUAGAUAAUGGGGCUUUAACUCUUUCUUCACCUGAAGUCCGCUUCCACAUGGAUAGUGAAACCCAUGAUCCUAUUGAUUUGCAGACAAAGGAGCUCAAAGAAACCAACUCUAUGGUUGAAGAGUUCAUGUUGCUUGCUAAUAUAUCUGUAGCACAAAAGAUCUAUGAUGAAUUCUCAGAGCAUGCCUUGCUAAGAAAGCAUCCUGCACCACCUCCAUCAAAUUAUGACAUCCUCGUGAAGGCAGCAAAGUCUAAGGGUUUGGAAAUCAAAACUGAUUCAGCAAAAGCACUGGCUGAUUCCCUAGACAGUGCAGAAUCUCCCUCUUUUCCUUACCUAAACACUCUGCUACGUAUCUUGGCUACUCGCUUCAUGAUGCAAGCUGUUUACUUUUGCUCCGGAAUGGACAAUGAUUUUCACCACUAUGGUUUAGCAACUCCUAUUUAUACACAUUUUACUUCACCAAUCAGAAGAUAUGCAGAUAUUAUAGUGCAUCGACUACUGGCUGUGGCUAUAGGAGCUGAUAGUACUUAUCCUGACCUCACAGAUAAACAUAAAUUGGCAGAGUUGUGUAAGAAUCUCAAUUACAGGCAUAAAAUGGCUCAGUAUGCCCAGAGAGCUUCUGUUGCCUUCCAUACUCAGUUAUUUUUCAAAAGCAAAGGUGUGGUGAAUGAAGAGGCAUACAUUCUGUUUGUACGAAAGAAUGCAAUUGUAGUUCUAAUUCCCAAAUAUGGCUUAGAAGGCACUGUCUUCUUUGAAGAAAAAGAUAAGCCAAAACCAGCACUUCUGUACAGUGAUGAGAUUCCCUCUCUCACUGUGGAAGGCACAACUUUCUAUACAUUUGACAAGGUUAAAGUGAACAUCAUGUUAGAUGCUUCCAAUAUUCAACACCAGAAAAUCCGCAUGGCCCUAGUAGAACCCAAGGUACAAGGCUGUGGCAUUCCCAGCCAGGCUAUGCAACUAAGCAGUAACAAUGAACCACAGACAAAGAAGAAAAAACUUGGGAAAUAGCUUCAUUUUAACAAAUGAAUAAAUUGUUAUUUCAUAUUUGAUGUUUAAGACAGAUGUGAUGACAUUUUAAUACUUUUAUAGAUUACUUUUUUAUAACUUUGUUAAAAUGUAGCACUGUUUAAAUAUUUUUAUUUUUGAUGUACUUUUUAUCUAUUCCUGUUCAUGUAUUAUAUUUAAAGGCCCACUUACAAGCUAAGCUUCUGAUAAUCUCUAGAUGUGUCUACAGUGGCAGGGAAGUACAGAAUAUCUUGAAUCUGGAAUGUUUUUCUAAUGCAGUUAUCUAUACUUGUUCUGAUAUUGCUGAUGUUUGAUAUGUUGAUCCACUUAGCUUCAAGUUGUAAUGCAGAACAGACUUCCGAUUUUCUUAUUCCAUAUGUCUGUCAAUUCUUUGCCUAUCUUUCCCCUCUUUAAAAAAAAUGGCAAAUUGUGGUACUACAGACAUGACUAUCUUAGAACAGUGAAAUUGACUAAAACUAUUCAUGUAGAACAAAAGUAAAGAGGAAAUAACAAGGUUUUUUCCACAGUACUUGUUUCAUGUUUUCCAGACUUCAGUGAGUGUAAUAUAUAUGCUGGAGAAACUAUUUUCUGGAUAUCCUGCUAUAGCAGCCAAAGAGGUGGCUGUUUGCUAGACUGCUGGAUGGUCUAUAGUUUAAAUACGGCUUCUGAAUUGCAUACACAUUGGUAUUUUCUUUAGCUGGGAAACUGUAGAGGUCUGUCCAGAAUAGGUUUACUUCUGUGCUAUAGGUGCAAUAAAUAUUUAACAUGAUAGAAUAAGGAACCACCAGUGUGUUUAGUGUUAAAGCUGUACUAUCAGAGACGGUAAACUUGACUCUAGAUUGUGUAGUCUACACAGAUGGGUGGCUCAUAUCACAAGUGGAAAAGCGUUUAAAUAAAUCCUUCUGCAGUCAAUUUCUUGCCAUUGCCAGCAAAUAGAUCACUCUCCCCACCCCCACUGCUCACUUGAGUCAUUAGAGAUACAACUUUCAGCCUUUAUUACAUUUGAUUAACAUUGUUUCAUUCCAAUAUUGAAAAAAAUUAAAAUAUGCAAUCAGUGUUCACAUAUAUAUAUUUAAAUGUGGGAUAUGUAGUUAUAAACAAAGCAUAGUUUUGUUUAAGAAAUCAAUUUCUGUAUGUGUGAUAAAAAAGGAAAAAGCACUAUUAGAAAAUAAUGCACUGUUUCACAGAUAUGAUUCUUUGCAUAAGAAGAAAACGCCAAUUGUUACCUAUAACUACCACUAUUUAUUUUCACAGAAAACAACAUAAGCAAGUUCUUCCUAUUGGUGCUGUCAUUUUUGUUGUUGUAUAGUUCAGACAUAGCAGCCGUGUGCAUAUCUUGGAGGAUAGGGAACCAACUUUAGGCAUGUGGUAUUUGAAGUGCCUUUUACAAGAACUAAAUCUCCACCUGGGAAUCAUGGGUAUUUUGUGCAAGUCAUGGUAGCCGUGUGAACACCCCCACAAAACAGCAUCAGUUCUCACAAGCAGCAUCUCAGCAGUCCUGCCUGCUCCCCAGGUACUAGGGGGUUGAUGAUCAGGCUGUAAGCUAUCAGAUGGGUAGUUUUCACAUUAUUUGCUUAGUCAUCUUGAUGGUGGAAAGCAAUUGUGCCAGUCUAGUCUUCCAUGCAUCUCGAGAACACCACUUCAGCUCCAUUGUGAACAGUUGCUCCACAGAAGCUGUAUAAAGAGAUGUGCAAAUCACUUUGACAAGGGCAUUUCUAUAAGAUUGCAGCUGGAUUGACUAGCGGGCUCGCUUUCAGUCCAAUAUUUAGGAAUGGUUUUUCCUUGCUAGAGGGUGAUGAGAGAGAACACACAGUUAAGAUUGGUUUAGGAAGCCACAAUUAAAUUUACACUAUGUAAAAUUUAAAGCAGCAGCUGUUCUGGCCACUCCCGUUCCUAGAGGUUACCAUAUAAGACCAUAGCAACCAAAAGCCCAACCCAGCCCCCCCAGAAUGGAGCUUAGCAUCAUAGAAAGUAUGGAAGAAUAUCAGGGCUAUUUCAGAACCACCUGGAGAACAGCAGCUUUUAUAUUUUUGAUUGAAAUGAAUGUGAAGUAAAAAAUUCUAUGACUAUACAAAUGUAGGCGGAAUGAACAGAAAAGUUAGUAAGUCAGGGCUGUAGAAUUUAAAUCAAUCCAAGCAACAUUUACAAUUUUACUAACCCUAGUGGACAAUCAUGAAAAAGCAGUUAUGAUUUCAACACCAUUUUCUUAAUCCAUUUUGCGAGCAGCUGGCAUGAGAUCUGGGCAGACAUUUUCUCUCCAUCUGCACCCUCACCUCCAAGGCUCUGCAUGCUCCAUGCAACAACAAAAGUUCUACAGCAAGAAAUGCUAAGACCUUUCUAAAAUAAGCAAAUUCUGCAUAACCCAGUCACAGUGAAAGAAAAGUGCUAUCCAGGUUAUUGAAGCCCUAUCCCCAGCUACUUAGACUGCAAUCCUAUAUUCCCUUGGGAGCAAGUUCUCAUACUUUAUAGGACUUCUUGAGUACACAUGCGUAGGAUCUCUCUACCAUCAGCCAGAGAUUUUCAGAGGCCCUACAUACACAUGUUGAAGUAUGUCUUCGCAGCCGUAAGGUCUAGAAGCCUUAAAAAGAUAUCCCAAAAAAAUUGAUAGUAUGCCCAAUAAUCUUAUGUUUACACAGACUUGCCUAUCUUACCUUUGUUUUGAAAACCAGAGAUUUCUUCUCAUAAAUGCGUGUAUCAUUCUCUCUGCAACUGGUCUCAGCUCCAACUGUAUCCAUAAGACUGCUACUACAAGUCUGAGUGCUGUAACCACUAUCCACCUGGCAAAAAGAAAUAAUGGGAUAUGAAAUGUGAUAUUGAUGAGAUUCUAAGAAAACAGCAAGAAGCAAGAGAAACAGCAGUAUGCGGUGGGAAGGGAAGCCCAGCAAAUACUUUUUUGCAUUGUGUCUUUAUAUUCUAAACCUGUAGGCUGGGACUGUCUAAUUUUUAAAAUAUGUGGAUAACAAUUAUUUGUAUCAUGCCUAAAGUAUACUAACACACACAUACACGUUAUGUAAAGAUUGUCUUACCCCUUAUAUAUCCAGUUGAUCACUACGCUCUGCAGGUGAGGGCCUCCUGCAGAUACCAUCUUAUCAGGAGGUCUGUUCUGCACAACAUAGGAAGUGUUGUGCCACCUAGCCUCUGGAAUUCCCUCUCCCUAAAUAUUGGACAGGCACCAUCUCCGAUAUAUUUUUGGCACUUACUGAAGACCUUACUCUUUCAAUGAGCCUUUUAAGUAGAGACCUUAUCCCAGUCUGUAUCUGUGAUGGAAUUACUUUAGCAGUUUUUAAAGCUUUUUAAAA